AGGAGAUACAAAUCUGUCCGCCCCAGUUUCCCAAUACCAACACAAUGUAUUGCUGGGCGUCGUGGGCCCGCGCCCUCGUGAUUGACUUCUAUGGCUACAUCGCGAACCACCAUCUAGCGGUGCAGUUCCACCAUCCCCCGGCUGAGUUUGACAUCCAGCCCGUUCUCGUCUGGCUUUCGAUGUCGAUGUACCACCUCUCCGGAAAUGACCGUGUCCCCGCCUCCCUCCGACCCCUCCUUGCCAAUCUUGAGGCCGACCUUCGCCGCCCAGCGCAGAUCCAUCCCAGUGGCUGCCCCAACCAUUUCGUUCGUGACACCGGCCUCCUCGACCCCGUCCCGCGCGUUCCCUCCGCUGGUUCGGUGGUCGCCCCCCAGCCUUCGCCUACUGGCCCUCCGUCGGCUGCUCCGCGCCUCGCCCCUUCGCGAUCCUUGCCCGCGCCAUCCGCCCCAGGUCCCAUCGUCCCCACUACGGGCCUCGUCGACUCUGUCCCUCGGGCCCCAGCGGCGGCUUCUCGUGCACCCCCCGCCAGCUCUCGCCCCGCGCCCAUCAUCCAAGCUCCUGGGCUGCGGUUGUAUGGGGUCUCUCAGCCACCCCCUGCCGUUGCCCCUAGCGCUUCGACCCCGGGUCCCUCCGCUGCGGUUGCUGCCUCCUCGUCGCGUCCCUCCGGCCCUGCUGCCUCCUCCGGUCCGGCUGCAGGUUCCUCCGAUCCAGUGCCCCCGGCCCCCUCUGGUCAGACGGCGGUGUCUCGAACUCGCUACGGCUUGUUCGUAUACGCCCCUAGCCAGGCUUGCAGCAGGUGCACUGCGCAGAGGCCUCCAGGAGUGUGUCGCGCGGAUGGCCAUUCGCAGCACUCAUGCGCUGGGUACGUGAAGGCCAAGGUGGGCUGUUCGCUCCGAGGUGUCCCUACAGCGCGGCUCGGGCUUCGAUAUAUCGGCCCCCACCCCUUGCAGACCAGGCGCUCGGUAGCCGGUUCCCUCCAGUUCCUUCCCGACCCGCCGGUCGCAAACGCACCCGCCGACUUACUCGGGGCUUUCCCGUCAUCUUCUAGGGCGGCGAACCCGUCGUCUUCAAGGGCGGCGAACCCUUCGUCUUCCAGCGGGGCCGGUCCUUUGUUGUCGGUGUUGCCGCGGAAAUCGACACCGCUGUUCUUCGACAGCCCGGGUAGUACUCCCCCACCCUCCGUCCCUCCGAACGUGGCCAUGCGCUCCGCCGCGCUUGCCUCCGGUGUGACUCAUGCCGUGCAGUUGCCUGAUCGUUCCCGGUCGGCACGCCGUUCUCGCCCACCCAUGUCACCCUCCACGACUCCGUCUGUGGGCGACGAAAACAAAGUCGAGAGCGAGGACGAGAGCGAGGACGAGCGUGAUGAGCUGGACGACGACGAGGAGGAAGUUGCUGACUUGGUGGGUCAGGCCACGUUCAAUUUCGAGCGCGAACUAGACGUUCAGACUGCUCUGGACGUCUCGCAGGUACUAUCACGGCUCCACGGGUCAUUCAGCGAAGACGUCGCGAAUGAAGUGUUCAUCGUGAUUCCCCCGGGCGGCGUCCCUUCCCUUUGGCUCCCUGACCUCGCCGUGCUCGCGCAUUGGAUGGCUUGGGCUCGGACCGCCGUAUUCCACUUGAACGCCUUCGUCGCGAACCUCCUCAUUGCAAUGCAGUUUGGGUACCCUCCGAUGCCGCUCCCUCCUCAGCACGAAGAGGUGAUCGCCCGCACCCGUAGCAACGCGUUCAAUGUCGACCCCCUUGCCUUCACCCCUCCUGCUCUGCCCACUGCUGGUUCGUCCGUCACGCCUCCUCGGUCCCGCCUUCAGUACAACUCCCCGACUUCCUCCGAUCAUUCCUCUGGGAUCGCCAGCCCAAUGAGGGGACUCUCCGACGACGAGCUAGCUCGGUUCUACGCCCCUUCGUCCCCCUCCCCGGCCAACUCCCCAUCCGUCGGAGGCCGCUCUCCCACUGUCGAGUACUCCUCCGGACCUGAUGAUCCGCCCCUUUCUCCUCCUCGUCAACCCCGCGUGAUCGGCCCAACCUCUGGUCCGCCCGCCACGACCGACGCGAACGGAAACCGUAUCUUCAUGCCGCCCUGCGCCCGUUCUGGCCCAUCUCGCCCGGUAGCACCGUCCGGCCCCUCGCUUGUGAGUACCCCUCUGGUUCCCUCCGUGGCCCCUAGGCCCUCGGGCCCCUCCGUGCCUCCGCGCCCGACCGUGCCUGCCGCUACCGUUCCCACAGCGUCGACGGUUUACACCGAUCCUGCGCCACCACUCCCCUCCGGUGCCUCCGGAGCCUCGCGCUCCCGGUACGGAUUGUUCGUGUAUGCACCACAGACGCCGUGCGAGAGAUGCGCCGCACUGUCUCCUCGUGGGCUCUGCCGAGUCGACGGCAACCCCGACCACGCGUGCGUGUACUGCGCGAAGAAGAAGACGAGGUGCAGUAUCCGCCACACCCCCGUCCGGUCCUUAAGGCUUUGGUACGUCGGUCCUCACCCUUCCCAGACCCGGGACGACGCCUUGCUGUACUCGGCUUCGUUCCGUCCCGACCCUCCCGUCGCGGGUACCCCUCCGGACCUGCUACAGGCAUUCCCUCGCUCCGGAGAAGGCGUGACUCCGUCCUCCGCCGCCCCGAGCGCACUUGCCAUACCCGUUCCCACCGCCCCUCCGAGUGUCCGCCUCCGCUCAGCUGCCCUGGCUUCUAGCGCGACGCAUGCCCAGCACCUCGCUGUCCAUGCGAGUUUGCUACGCGAUUGGCCGCCAUCGAGGACUCCUUCCGACCCAGCCGACUUCUGGUUCGAACCGCCAGACAACGAGGACGAAGAAGACGGGGGUAGUGGCGGGCCAGGAGAGGACGAAGAGGAAGGAGAGGUUUUCAAUCUCAUUACCUCGAUACGGGGAAUGCACGCCUCAUCCCCUGCGCCCCAGUAG